GGUUGGUCACUCCAAUAUUUUUCGUUACAUCUAAUGUAUAACUUCCCACUCAUAUCCAAUACUGAAGACUCGUUUGUCAAGAGAGUAGACUACGAGAUGCAACCCAAAGCAGGAUUCCUGUCUCUUGCUGACGAACUACGGUUUUACAUUCUCAGCUUUCUUUCUUACCAAGAUAUUCUUCGUUGCACAUCCGUGAGUCACAAUCACAUUGAUAUGUCAUUGUUAUCUUAGACAGACUUUUAUACCGACGAUCCUCUUGCUCUGGCAGGUAUGUAAGGCCCUUCACCAGACGUACAUGUCCUCCUCCAGGCUUCAGUACACCGUUGAACUUAGUGGCCAACACUUACUUCUUGUACCCAACACAGGCGAUCUCACACCUGUUUCCCAGCGCCUACAACUCUUGAGGGACAGAGCCCAUGCAUGGUUCAAGUUUGAUCUCCACUCUUUCAAAACGAUUUCCAUACCAAACAUACGGUCCGGUCACGAAACAUUUUUCAAUGAUGGGCAUUUCUACUUCUGGGACAAUAUGGAAAACUCGGCCACGAUCAUUCCAGUACUACCAAAGCCCUCGCAACAAAUAAUCAAGCGCAAGUGGUCCCCAGAAGCGUUAUGUCUAGUUCCCCACUCAUUCAACCGCAAGGUAUUCAUAGACCCAGGACAAAACCUGAUUGUCAUGCUGUAUUCUCCUGAUUACGACUUUGAGACGUUCUACAUUGACCUUAGAGCGCUGGAUAGUGGUGGUAUUCACCCCCAGGCUGCUGGACGGGAGCUGUUUCUGUCAGAUCUGCCCGAAGAUGAUGACGACCUUAUUGAAACAACGGGAACGAGCCUUAAAGGUUGUGGGAAGCACUUCGCGUUGCGGCGUGAAUGUGUGACCUCAGUUGAAGAUGAGGAUGGCGAAGGAAUUUCCCGCGAGCAUAUGUUGCAUCUACAGAUUUGGGAUUGGCAACACUCAACAACAUCUAGUAGUGUCCUCAGCGACGUAAUACGUUACCCAGCCACGCGCUCAAGCGAUUUUUGUUUUCUUGAAAACAAUAGGUUGCUAGUUGUCAUUGAGGAUUUGAGGCUCUAUUCGAUCGAGGAUAUGUCACAGGCGCCGCAAUUACUGGCGAGCUUCCUGUCGCCCCUCUUACUGUCAAAUAUACAGUGCCUCUUUCCGAUGGAUGAUAUUGAACAUGGUGCACAGCUGCAGAUGCAAGACCGACAAAUGAUCACCCCAGACCCUACAAAUCAACUAUUAUGCCUUAUCGCGUCUGAUCUGGUCUUCGUCAUUUCCACAAGGAUCUUCUUCGACCUCGAUGGAAUAGCAGCUGCAACGCCAAUACCAUGGAGUCAUUGGGGUCCUUCAAACACCCGUGUUCUUGAGCACCCGGAUCCACUUCGAUUCAAAAUUCACGUUCGCGGGAAUCGAGUUUUGCAGUCAUUCGAAGUCGAUGCUGGUUCCAUCCAGUAUAAAUUACGUAUGAUGGACUUCAGCCCGCGCUAGCUGUCACGAACAGGCGGGGUCUAGGACGAGUGGUGAAAGAGCCAUCGACGAUAGACAUUGCUGGAUCCUUUGGAGCUCAGGGGUUAGCUUGACAACGUCUCUGCCUUACGUCGAGGUCGUAUCGGAUAGAAGAUUCGAUAAGUUGCAGAACGUAUGGCUUGAGAGGGAUAGGAUAUAUUUGCUCAAUACAAUUUGGGAAUACACUGUCAUACGCGGUUCUGUUCGGGAUCUUACAGGACUGUCGAGGGGGCUUGAGGCCAUUGACUUGUAGAGUAGAAUCUAUUAUCAGCUAGUCGAUUUAGCUAGUUAGCUCUGAUGGCGGGUCGAUGACUUGGUGAAUGCUUAG